GGUGAUACGAUUAUUGCAGCUAAAGAUGAUCAAACUGUGCAACCACAAAAAGAAUUAUUGUGGAAGUUGGCAAAUGAAUUGUUCGAUGUUUUUUCUCCAACUGACCCUAAAAUACAUGAAUUAUUUAUAGAAGCAAAAGAAAUGACUAAUAUAGGGUUUUAUAAUAUGCUAACAUGUUAUGACAAAGGUAUAGCUUGGCUUGAGCCAAUUUUACAUCAAGAUGUUCAACCAUUACACAAUAAUCAGGUUCAAUCGUCACAAAGUAAUCAGGUUGAGAAUGAGGAGGAUAUACUUAAUUAUGAUUCUUUACCUGAAGACAUAGCUAUUGAAAUUCUAAGAAAGUUUCAAGGUUAUAGUCAAAAUUGGGAUAUGCAACGUAUGCGAACUUAUUGGAAAAAUAAUCGUAACAAUAAAUGA